AUGAAUACUAAGGAAUCAGAGUUGAAGGUUGAGUCAGUACCAGUUGUAAGUGAAUAUGUGGAUGUAUUCCUGAAAGAAUUGCCCGGGUUACCCCCUAAUAGAGAGGUUGAAUUUGGUAUAGAGCUAAUGUCAGGGACCACGCCUAUUUCAGUUGUUCCGUAUUACAUGGCCCCGAAUGAGCUAAAAAAACUAAAGUCUCAGUUGCAAGAACUGACCGACAAGGGUUUUUUGAGACCAAGCUUUUCACCGUGGGGUGUUCCGGUGUUCUUUGUGAAAAAGAAAGAUGGAUCUAUGAGGGUUGAUCCUAGCAAAGUUUCUGUUAUUGUUGAAUGGAAACCACCAAAGAAUGUGACUGAAGGAAAAGCGAACGUGGUCGUCGAUGUAUUAAGUAGAAAAUCAUUGUUUGCUUUGAGAGCAAUGAAUGCCCGAUUGACCUUGUCAGAGGAUGGUUUGGUUCUAGCAGAGCUAAAAGCUAGACCGACAUUUCUUCAAGAAAUUUUUGAGCCUCAGAAGAAUGAUAGCGAAUUACUAUCCGAGAAAACCCUGUGCGAAUUGGAUGUUGAAUCAGAUUUUCGGAUUGGUUUCGACUAUUGCUUGAGAUUCCGGGAUAGGAUUUGUGUUCCUAAGGACACCGAUUUGAUUCGAAAGAUAUUAGGUGAAGCACAUAGUGGUUGUUUGUCAGCCACCUUGGAUAGGCAGAAAUCCUAUGCGGAUUUGAAACGGAAAGAGAUCAAAGUUCAAUUUGGCGUUCGAGUGUUUUUGAAAGUAUCCCCAUGGAGAAAAGUUCUCAGAUUUGAUAGAAUAGGCAAGUUGAGUCCUCGUUUCGUAGGAUGCUAUAAGGUUACCGAGAGAAUAGAGGUUGAGAUUCAUUCGGAUAUGUCUUAUGGUAAGGAACCUGUCAAGAUCCUAGCCCGAGAGGUUAAGCAACUGAGAAAUAUGAGCGUUCCCCUUGUGAAAGUAUUAUGGCAACGACAAGGGGUUUAA